AUGAAAUAUCUUAUAAUACAACUCUUAUUCGUCAUUAUCAAUGCUUAUCAUCCGAUAGCUAUUCUAUAUAGAGGUACAGUGUGUGGUUGGGCUGAAACUACGACAGAUCAACCGAUUCUAUGCAAUGGAUUAGAUCCUCGACAUUCUUGUCCAAUAAACUAUACUCAACAAUCAUUUCAAGAAGGUGUAGCAUACUGUUACAAGACUAAUUCAACUAGUGAACCUCAAAAUGGUUUAAUAGGCACAAUUUGUGGUGGUCUAGCACGUAAUCCAUGUGGUGGAAUAAGUCCAGCUGUAGCAUGUCCACCUGGAUACAUACAAGAUUUUCGUCAUGUAUGCUAUAAAAAUAGUUCAAAAAUCGAAGAUCUCUCUGGAACAUUUUGUGGAAUAGUUAAUGAUGGUACUGGAGUGACAUGUGAUGGAGUGCAACUUGGAAAAUGUCCAAAAGGAUAUGUUGCAAUUAAUUAUGAUGAACAAAAAUGGCAUGCAUGUACUAAAGAGUAG